AUGGCUGAUCGUUUGUGCAAUCAUUUUGAUGCUUUAAGGAAGCUUUUUCACGAUGAAUUGAAAGAAUCUGGAGAAUAUAAUUUUCAAAAGGGAACAUUUAAUAAAUAUUGUCCCAAUAGAAAUUGUGAGGAUGAUACCGAUAUAGUUAACGCUGGGGGGUUAUGGUUAUUUAAUGCAUUUUUCGGUAUUUCUGGUACUUCACAUUACCAUAAUGCUUAUAAGGAUAUGGUUGUAUGUAUUAUGGUAUGGUUAAGUUAUAAAUUAAGCCUAAAGACAUUUGAUAACAUCACCACAUUAAAAAAUUUUUAUUCUAAUCAUAUAGAAAAUAACGAGAAGUACACUGAACAUAUAAUUAAUGAUGGGAAAUUUAAAAGUUAUAAGGAAAUCAUAGAUGAACUAAAUGGAUAUAUGGAUAUUAAUAUUAGUUAUAUGUCUAAAUUUGAUGAGUUACUUAAAUUACUAUGUAAAAUGAAUACUGCUUAUACGAAAGAUAUAAGUAGCGAUUUUUCAGAACAUGCUAAUAAUUUUGUUGAUAAAUAUAAAGAACUCCUUAAUGAUGAUAAUAAUAUUGAUAAUAGUUCAUACAGUAAAGUAUUACUUGUUUUAUCCAAUUAUUAUAAUAAUUUUGAAAAUAACAAAGCUCUUCGUAGUACAUCAAUGAAACUUCCUCCAUUACCAACAGAAAAAACAGCCAAAAAAGUUGGUGUAAUAGAUCGUAAAGAGACUAAAACAAAUGAUUCCUCGAGUAAAAAAGAUAAAUUAAAUAUUGAAACACCAAACCCAAGUUAUACCACUACAUUUUCAGGCUCACCACUAAUAAAUAAAUUAAUUCCAGUUUUAUCGACAUUAGUUGCAAUAGCAAUUUUUUGGGGAAUUUCUUAUAAGUAUUCGUUAUUUGGAUUUCGGAAACGAUCUCAAAAACAACAUUUAAGAGAAAAGCUAAAUAAAUAA